CAUUAUUCCCCGCCUAGUCUUGCAAUUACCCAUAUCAUUUACGAAGCACAAGUGGCGGAUAGAUGAUGCAUGUGUGCAUGCCAUUAGUGUGGUAUACACCAGAACGGUAGGUGCGACGAUAGAUACUCAGGUUAGAUGGCCCAGUGUAUAAGUACUCGAUGUUACGCAAAGUUAAGGGAUUUCCCUAUCAUCCUCAAAACGUCUUUUGUUGUUCUUAUCCUGUGCUUUGCGCUCAUCUCGUAUUUCGAUAUCACACUCGGCGAGAGUGGAUCGAAUUCGACCCCGUCUUCUCUUCCUCUCUUUCCUCCUUUUACCUCUUGUGUUAUCGGGAGCAAUCCAAAUUUUGCAAAGGUAGUUCAGAAUUCCUUUCAGAAAUAAAAAUGGCUUUCGACGAUAAGGAGAAGUACACGGCUGAGGUGGCGCCGCCAUCUCUAACUACCGAUGGCGACAUCGAGGUCGGUCAGACGGGACAAUUGAAGAGACAAUUAAAGGGUAGACAUAUGCAAAUGAUCGCAAUUGGUGGUUCCAUCGGAGCUGGUCUAUUCGUCGGCUCGGGUUCUGCACUUCAUUCUGGUGGUCCGGCUUCAUUGGUUAUUGACUUUAUCAUUAUUGGUAUCAUGUUGUUGCUUACUGUUAAUGCUUUGGGAGAACUUGCUGGUAAGAUCAUCCCGUUCCUACUUUAUCCCUGCUAUUGUACCCAUGCAAAAGAGCUCAAGCUAAUGUUACGUGAUACAGCUCUCUACCCUGUUGAAGGCUCCUUUUACAAUUACUCUGUCCGCUUUAUCGAUCCAGGUUGGGGCUUUGCAAUGGGAUGGAACUAUGCUAUCAAUUGGCUCAUCGUUCUUCCCUUUGAGUUAACAGCUGCCGGUAUCACAAUUGGAUUUUGGACUGAUCCGGAUAAUUCUGGUAAUCCUUCAGUGAAUGUUGGAGUCUGGAUCACUAUUUUCCUCGUCAUGGUUACUGUUAUCAAUCUCUUCGGUGUCAAAGGAUACGGAGAAGUUGAAUUUGUUCUCGGUUUAAUCAAAGUUGUAGCUGUCAUUGGAUUCAUCAUUCUCGGUAUAAUCAUCGAUUGUGGUGGUGUCCCUACUGAUAGCCGUGGCUACAUUGGCGCCAAAUAUUGGUCAAACCCUGGCGCUUUCCGCAAUGGCUUCAAAGGUUUCUGUUCAGUCUUUGUGACAGCCUCCUUUGCAUUCGGUGGAACUGAACUUGUAGGAUUAGCUGCAGCGGAAGCCGACAACCCGAGGAAAUCAAUUCCUAAGGCCACCAAGCAAGUCUUCUGGCGUAUCUCCCUCUUCUACGUCAUUUCGCUCUUCCUCCUCGGCCUCAUCGUUCCCUCCAACAACGAUAUUCUAUCAAAAGCUUCCGGAGGUCACACAUCCUAUUCCCCUUUCGUCCUCUCCUUCCGUCUCGCAGGAAUCAAAGUCCUCCCCUCUAUCUUCAACGCCGUCAUCACUCUCUCCGUCAUCUCAGUCGCUAACUCCUGUACUUUCGCCUCGACACGUACCAUCCAAGCUCUUUGCACCAAAGGCAUGGGUCCAUCCUGGGGUGCAAAGGUCGAUAAAAGUGGCCGCCCAUACAUUGCGAUUGUCGUUGCCCUUGCUUUCGGCUUCCUCGCCUACAUAAAUCUCGCUCCUCAAGGCUCCAUUAUCUUCACAUGGCUCCUUUCUCUCUCCGGUCUCUCCAAUUUCUUCACCUGGGGCUCUAUCUGCUUUGCUCAUAUCCGUUUCCGCAAAGUAUGGGCCAUGAAUGGUCGCACCAAAGACGAUCUCCCCUUCGCAGCUAUGUUCGGAACAAUCGGAUCAUGGAUUGGUCUUCUUCUUGUCUGCCUUUGUCUCGUUGCCCAAUUCUACGUCGCCCUCUUUCCCAUUGGUGGAAAACCAGAGGCGCAAGCUUUCUUUGAAGCUUAUCUAGCUGCUCCAAUUGUUAUCUUCUUCUUCAUUGGAUAUAAAUUGUAUUAUAAGCAAUGGUCUAUUGGUGUAAAUCUCGAUCAAAUCAAUGUUGAUGAGGGCAGACGUGAAAUUGACUUGGUGGCAUUUAGAGAGGAGCUAGAUGAGGAGAGAAGAGUUAAGGCUGCUUGGCCUUGGUGGAAAAGACAGUGGGAUUUCUGGAUGUAGAUUUCCUGCUAUGGUAUGGAGUUGGUGCGUUUGGUUCGGUGGAAUAUUUGGAUACUAUAUUAUCUAUUUUGGUAUUGGGUGUAAUGAGACGUUUCUUGGAUCUGGGGACUAGGGGAAAAGUACUAUAGGUUUUCAUGGAUUUCUGAUUCCCUUAAACAUACCCGACAUAAAGACUUUUGAUUGCGUUUAUAGUUUAUUAUUAUACCUUUUAUAAUAGUUGUACUAAUAAAAAAAUAUACCUAUACAUCAAUAUAAUGAUAACCAAAUACAAUCCAAAUCU